AUGGCGAUGGAUGAUAAUACUUGUGAGAAGAAAGUUGAUAAUACAAUCGAUGUAGAAGAAAAAUUAGAAGAGCCAAAAUUAGGAAUGGUGUUUUAUACAAUUGACGAAAUAAUGGAGUACUACAUAAUAUAUGGUAAUGACCUAGGGUUUCCCAUAAAAAGAAGAACAUCGUUAAAGGGAGAUGAUGGAGAGCUAAGAUAUGUUACAUUUCCAUGUUCUCACUUUGGAAAGUCAAAGUCCACAACAAUAUUUGGAGAG